ACAUUGGAUCUUCCUUCGUCAUAAAUUUUGAUUACACCUCAAUAAAUGUCACAGCGCAUUACAUCAUUGAUAAAGAGUAUGGAAAUAGUUUCUCCGUCACAAACAAUACAGUGCAAUCUCUCGCGGAGACCAGACCGAUUGCAAUUCUUUGACCUUAUUGACCGAGUUAAAAUAAUAUUCUCUACUUCUAGAUUAGUCAUUUAGGCGUGUAACAUAACGUGUGCUUAUUUACUGUUUACAAGCGCUCAUUCGUUAACCUGACGUCAAGCGGAGCGCACGUGUUGUGAACGAUUAGUGUUAUAAUAUAACUUUAUAAGGCUGUGAAGUGAGAAGUGCGGAUGCGUGCGCGGUAGCAACGAAUGAUGGAGAGUGCGGUGCACGCGGCAGUGCCGCUGCGAGUUGGAAAGAAGAUGCGCAAGCGACGGGAGUUGGACGCGUUGGUCGGGGGCGCGGGUGCGCGGGCUGGGCGGCUCCUAUCAGCUUCUAGUGAUGAAGGGGAGCCAUGGGCGCGCCGCACCACGCGCCGCCGCCGCACGCGGCCCUUCGUCCGCCUGGCCGCUUGCCUAGCUCUCUGCGUAUGCGUCGUCUCCGCUGCCACCGUGCUAUGGCUCUUCGUCGAUGUCCGGCGACAAAUCGUCUCUCUAAGAAGUGAAAUGGACAGAGUAUCAACAAGCAGCGACAGUGUAGGUGACGCGCUGCAGAUAUGCCACACGGCGGCCAAAGAGUUGAGGAACAACGCGACCAACCUCAGUCUUCGGUUGGAGAAAUUAGAGAAGGAGCAUCUAGAGCUGGCGAAGCGGGUGGAGAAGGCAGUAGGGGACCUGGCCGCGGUCACGGGGCAGCUGGCCGCGGCGCCCGAGUUAAGAGAGACACCGCAGAGGUUGGACAACCUGCAACGGGCCGUUGCUGAGCUUGGAUCGCAGAUCAACGGCUUUGAUGGCGCAAUAAACUCGGCGCGCAAGCAAGCCGUGACAGCAGCGACGGGAGUAGAAGAAGUGAAGACGCUGGUUCAUCAGCUGGAGGCUCGUACCAACGAGACCAUUGCCAACGUGUCGGCCAACAGCAGACGCGACGACGAGAUCAAACAGCAGCUCGCUGCCGUCAACUCCACGCUGCAAGGGACCCUGGACACGCUCAGGACUAGGAUAGAUGAGAUGAAUAAGCCAACAAACACGGUGGCGCCCUCGACGGCCGCCCCCGCCGCCACCAGCCCCACUCCGGCUCCCACCUCCGCACCUAGCACCCCCACGCUGCCGCCAGGUCCGCCAGCGAAGCCAAACGUCUUGCAGUGAAGGAAAAAAUAUUCCUAAACUAUCAAAUUAAUUCGGUAUGGAUUGCUCACAAUGAUCUCCAUCACGUCCACCAGACAAAUACGCAAAUGUAGACGAUUACGAAAGUAAGAAAUGGAAACCCUCCAGUUGUAUAAGGGUAGUGACAUAUUGGCAUAUUUUUACCAAGACUUAGCUGUGAAGGAGCCAUAUUAGGACAAGCCCUAAUAAGGGCAUUUUUUAUAGUUGUGAAUGUUCUUUACACAAUCGAGUUGUUUGUGUUCUCACAUUUUUGUAUUCUAAGCAAUUUCAUUGUUUUGUGUUCUUAGGUCGAACCAAAAUCGGGGAUUUACUUAUUAGGUAAAAACAUAACAAUAAAAACAACACCAGCUUAUUAUAAAUAGAAUACCUCUUCCAGCGCGCCAAACUGAGGCAGAGCGCCCAAAAUGCUGGCAGCGUUUCCCCUCUGAACUGGCAGACCUAUUCUCUGCGCAAAAAAGCUGCCAGCUCUGGGAUCGCCAGUUGCCUCAAUGAGACGCGCCGAAACUCAAAAACGAACUAAUUAUCUUAAUAAUAUUUAUUAUUAUUUUUACUUUUUUAAUUGUCUUAUUAGGAACGUGUACAUACUAGUCUAAAUCAUCCAAGAUGUAUCGCAAUUAUCGUUUAAUGGUUUACCAAAACUUGUCAAUGCAAGGACGAAAUGCCAACAAAAUUAUCGCGUAUUCCCUUUUUUCGUUCGAUCAAAGUUUGUGUCUAAAAUAUUUGGUGGAUAUUCAAGAACAUUAUUUUUAAAAUGAACAAAUGGGUUCCUUCAUUUUCGAUAUUAAUUAAUGUGGUAUAUGGAAUUUAUUAUCAACAAUUUCAAGUUCAAGUAAUGUGACAAUUUGAAGAUUUUUAUCUUUAUAUAAUUCAGUAAGUUUGGUCUUUUCCGUCGCCAUAUUUGCUCGAUAUAAAUUAUAUUAAUUAUGAUAUAAUUUGUAUAGUAUAAUUACACGUCAUUUAACGUGCAAAUUGUGACGUAAUUUAAUGCAGUUUUUAGCAUUUAAACGCAGUAAAAAAGACAGAAAAAUCACUUAGUGACAAAAUAUGAUAGAUAUUAUGAUUGUUAGCUGAAGGUAGGGUAACCAAAGCCCUGUGACAAGUAUUUAACUAUUUUGUGGCCAUCAUAAAUUAAAACAUUUUUAUGCCUUUGAAGUAAUUGGCGUUGUGUAACAUUGGCACAUCGUAUUUUCCUUAAAAAAUAUUUUCUUCAAUUGCCCUUACAAUUCACAAACUUAUUUGUAGAAUUUCCGUCGAGUUUCUAAGUAUUUUUCUUAAGUAUUAUUAUAUUUUUGUUUUGUUUUCUGCUUUAUUGGAAUUCGACGAACACACAACAGUAAAGUUGGUCAUCCAUUUGAGCUAUCGGAGCAGACUGAGCGUACAGAGCUUACGACGAGUUGGUAUUUGAAAUUUGCGAAUUUAGGAAUGAGGAUAAAAACGGCCUAUUCCUCCCUUCAGGUGUCGCUACUGUUGAGUCUUCUUAAAUGAUAGUUCCCUAUAAUAUUUGAGUAAGCAAAGAUAUAUUUUUUGUUAUAUUUUUACCUUUGCGCAGCGUUUAACUGCAAGAGCAUUGUGUUAUAUUUAUUCCCUAAAGAUCAGAAAGAAGAAAACUUAGAAAAAAAAAUCCAUCCGAACUGCCUUUUUCCAACUGCUGGCUGUUUUUCUUUUUCGUAACUCUUCCUUCAGAGGAGAUACUCUCCACGUUGCACCAAAUUUUAUAGCGAUUUAUUACGAAUUUUAGCUGGACAGUAUGGAGAACUGACAAAAUUUAGGAACACUCUCUCAGCUGCCGCCUACAUUUGGGCUUUUAGUUUUGAUCCGAGUGAUAAGUUGCCAUAGCAACAUCCAGCGCGGAUUUCUCGAUCUAGGGGUAUAGUUCUAAAAUAAUACAAAUUAAGGCAUACUAACGCUCCAUCGACUCCGAUGCCGCUCAAGGUGACAAGCAACUUUAAAAUGAUGUCCACCGGAUGAAUAACAUUGCCAGGAAAGUGAGACGCGACAGCAACAAGUGAGAACUCACUAUACCAAUGUAAAUAAAUUAAAUGUAAUUUAAUUAUAACUUACUAUGAGCGUAGAGGCACACAGGACGCGUCAAAGAAACUAAAGUAAAUUUCUAGUCGUUUAUUCGGCCGUUGAAUGCGAUUUUUGAGUCAAGAAUUGGGUAGUUUCCUAGGUCAAAGAUAAAUUAUGAAAUUCAGAUUACCAAAUAAAGGCAGCUCCUAAGGUGACAGAAAACGUUUUCUUUUUUCUAGUUAACUUAUUUAUGAAUUUUAAUAAAGAAAAAUGUAAUAAUAAGUGCGACAUUUUUCACGUUUUUCUAUGACGUCACAGGUUGCUUUUUCAUACAUAUUCCAUAGUCAUUUUGUUUCGUAAAAAGUAACUGAUUUGACAAGUUGGAAACUACCCUAUUUUGCGUGGCUUGGAGUUAUUAAAGUUUUGGACUACCAAGUCUAUAGGCUGGAUAAAGUAUUAGGAUUUGUUCACAAGUCUCCGUGUCUCUGACGCGUGCUGUCUGAGGCGUGGGCGCACCGCGCGUAACGAUGUUGUCAAUAAGAGUGUGUUUUAUUACUUGUAAUAAAUUAUUGUUAAAAGAUCAAUUAUUAUUACACA